UUGGGUAUCAGAUAGAAAAAUGGUUACAGAAACUGAAAAUGUUACAGUGCAGUCCACUUAUAACGAUACCACAUAUAACGAUAUAUCGGUUAUAACGAUGGGUCGACAUGAGAGUGUCAUUUUAUGCAUUAGGUCUAUGGGGAAAAAAACCAUUUAUAACGAUAGGUUAUUCACCGCAUAUCGGAUAUAACGAUCAAAAUAUUGCCGCCCAGAUGGCUUUUCCCGUGCAAAAUAAUCGUAACAUUUGCGUUGCUUAAUUCCCUGAAACGAACGAUGUCGAGACGAGGCGAUGUUUACCUCCGUAAGUUCGUAUCUGCCGCCAUUACCGCGCAGCGCGUCUCGACCCGCCCGUGCACGAGUAGGCGCAGCCAACGUUGGCGCAGCGCGCCACAAGAUGGCGCUAGCUGCUAUGCGCGUAGGCCACAGCAAUGCACAGUCGCUCCGAAAGAGAGAGAGAAAAAAAAAAGCAACAAGCAAAGCGGCGCGGUAGCGCCCGUCCCGCACUCAGUCUCUCUCUCUCGCGAUAGCAGACUGACGCCACCGAAGCAGCGUGCAACCAACGUGACCAACUGUACAACCCAGUUCGAAGAUGGCGCCGACAAAGCGUAAAGCUGUGUCGCUUGACACGAAGAUGGAUAUUUUGCAGGACUCUCAACGCGGCUUCAAGGUGAGCGCCCUCGUGAAGAAAUAUGAGCUCGCCCAGUUGACGAUAUCAACAAUCUUGAAAACCGGGAGCACCGCGAUUGUGAAGGCAGGAGCUAUCGGCGGCCAUGCCGAUCAGCGGAAAAGGGUUAGAGACCCUUUGUACGCCGAUGUUGAAGAGGCGCUUUACCAGUGGUUCAUCACAACCCGCGCGCAUAAUGUGCCUAUUAGUGGGCCAAUACUUGCCACCAAAGCGAAAAACUUCGCUUUUCUUCUGGGACGGCCAAACUUUGAGCCUGGGGGAGGCUGGAUUCAGCGCUUUAAAGAGCGGCACGGAAUCGUUUACAAAAACGUGGUUGGGGAAGCGGCGUCUUUGGACACAGAGGCAAAGCAGCAGUGGCUGCAGACAAAGCUGCCCAGCGUGCUGGAGCGCUACGAGGAGAAGGACAUAUAUAAUUGCGAUGAAACUGCUUUGUUUUUUCAAAUGUUGCCGUCGAAGACUCACGCUCUUAAAGGAGAUCGAUGCCCCGGCGGGAAGCACUCGAAACUUAGGGUGACCGUGUUGCUGUGCGUUAGCAUGUACGGGAGCCAUCGUCUCAAGCCUUUCAUGAUCGGGCGAUCAAAGAAGCCAAUGUGCUUUAAGAAUCGGCACAUCCCGGUCCACUAUCGCAGCGACAAGAAGGCUUGGAUGACCCGCGACUUGUUCGAAGAAUGGCUGCUCGAGUUCGACAGUUUAAUUGAAGGCCAAGGAAGAAAAGUAGUGUUGCUACUUGACAACUGUAGCGCACACAGCGUUAACCCGAAGCUAACAUCUGUAGAAUUGAUGUUUCUGCCUCCGAAUACUACGGCAGGCCUUCAGCCGUUGGACGCCGGCGUGAUCGCAAACUUUAAAGUCCUGUAUUGGCGGCGCAUGCUGGAGUGGCUAAUUUUAGCCAUUGACCGCGCAGCUCCUGGAACGUCGGGUCAUGCAGACGGGCCCCCUGAGCUGAAGAUCAGCCUUUUGAAAGCCGUGCGCUUCGUUUACGGGGCAUGGUAUGAAGUAAAGCAGUCAACCAUAUACAACUGCUUCAAAAAGGCGGGCUUUGUGCGUCAGGACGAACUUCCCCAACCCACUGAGACCAACACUGUGGAAGCCGCCGACAUAACCGAGUUUUUGACUGCAGACAGUGCUGCCUCGUUCUGCGAUGAGGUCACCGACGAGGCGAUCGCCGAAGAUGUGCUGUCUCGACAGACGGCAAAGUUGUGCGACGGUGGCAACGGCAGCAGCGACAUUGACAACGAGAUUGGCAGUGGCUCCUUGACCCCGACCGCGAUGUCCACGCAAAGUGCACUGUCGUCGAUCGACUCCUUAAUUGAUUUUAUGCAUGCCAAAGGAUUGCCGCCAGUGUUCGUGCAGCAGCUGGAAUCCAUGCACACCGCGGUUGUGAAGCUGAAGCUGCCGCAAAAGCAAGUGCAGAUUUCGGACUAUUUCGGCGCGCCUAACCCUUGACACGGUCAUUGGCGCUACAAAUAAAGUUUGUUUUUCACAGCCGA